AUGUUCAGCGCACAUGAAUUUUAUCCUCCACACAUCAAAGUGUCCUGGCUGAGAGAUGGUAAACUGAUGACCUCUGAAGUGACCUCCACUAUGGAGAUGGCUGAUGGGGACUGGUACUACCAGAUUCACUCUGAGCUGGAGUACAGCCCCAAAUAUGGAGAGCAGAUCUCAUGUAUGGUUGAGCAUGCCAGCUUCAGUAAACCCAUGAUUUAUGACUGGGAUCCAUCUCUCCCUGAGUCUGAGAGGAAUAAAAUUGCUAUUGGAGCCUUUGGUCUGGUGCUGGGAAUCAUCAUCUCAGCUGCUGGACUCAUUUACUACAAGAAGAAAUCAACAGGGAGAAUCCUAGUACCUCAGUAA